CGUCAGCAAUCCAUCCCAAAAGGUUACCCAAAGACUCGAAUUUUGAAAGUCUUCUACUCCCAUAAAACCAAUUGGGUACCUGAUCAAGUACCUAGUCUCGUACUGGUUUUAAACCCCAGCUUAAGAAACUCCAAGAAGUCGUAAUGUAUUAAUACCAUAUUAUAUGGAUUAAACAAGUACGUUUCUCCCCCUUUUUGCAUUUUCUUAACCCACAUUCUCCAGUCUCCUGCCAUGCCCUCCACAACUUUGUCUCCGCAGCAGUUAGGGGCUUUAGUCGACAUUCUCGUUCACCAUGAGACUUACUCAGAAGCUGAGAGUUUUAAGUACCCCGAAGCUAUAGAGCAAUAUGGUUAUCCAUUUGACCCUCCAACACGCAACGGAGGCAGUAACGGAGAGAGAAAAUCGGCAUCUCCAUUGCUGCAACUUCUUCUUACCAGAUUAAUUCUUCCUAUUCCUGGGGUCAGAGAUCUUGCCUCAGAAUUCUGGACUACCAAGUUCCGAAGUAUUAUGAGAAGAUUCGGCGAGGCAGAACUGUCAGAAAGCUACGAUAAAGGGACACUGGGUAGUAGGAAACGGUUGGCCUCGGCCGCCUCAGUUAUUCACGAAUGCAUCACUAGGGGUCUGUUAAGUGGCGUACCAAACGAUGAGCUACCGAACCUACAUGGCCAAUAUGAUACCCGUAAAGCGGAAGACCUUUCUAGGGCUUGGGAUGAUGUAGUUCAACAUUUAGUCUACGGGAACUUGAUUGAUGAGUUAUUCGAUCACUUCACCAAGACUGCAAACCUCGAGGAUCAUUCGCCGGCGGUUGAUGCUGCUGUUAAUCUCGCUAUAAUAUAUGUAGCUACGUUUCUACACCAUCUUUUCGUCCUCUCAGCGGAAGGCCCCUAUUUACUCAAGUUGAUCAAUAACAUCCAUGGAUUGAUCCCAUAUACGGUGAUUGGACAAACACUACGAGUCGGAAAUGCCGGAACUAUGAUCAACGCCAUGGUUAAGUUAUUUCUAGCAAAAGUUAGUGUUGGCGCAAUUUCAAAUUGGCUUGGCUUGACGCAGAAUGCCUCAGAUGGGAUGAACCUGUUACAAAGGAUAAUAUCUUUAGUGCUAGAAUGGGAUACCGGCGAGUUUCGCAAGGCUAUCGACAACAUUAAGCGAAACAAAGAUAGACCUAGUGAAUCAUGCCUAACCGCAAUCGACGAACACCUGCAAGCCUCUAGGGACCAACACGAAUCACUUCGUGAAUCGAGUAAGAGGGAUGAAAAAUCCAUAAUCGCUGCUAUUCUAGAGGUCAAAGACAAGACAUCGCUAGAAUCUCUUACAGAGGAGCAGCAUGCCCAAUGUUUACAAUAUUACUCAGCUCAGCUCGCGAUCCGAGAUAGGGAGAAAAUUACCGAGGUUCUCUGCCGCCAGACUCCGGAUUUAACCACGACUAUCGUGCGAGAUGUCGUGUCCGUCUUCGAACCUAUGAUUCGAGACAUUCACAAGAACGUUGACAUACGCAAGCAUCUUAGCUCUGUCGAGAGCUUUUUGACGGACUUGAUAGAGACAAGCAAACCGAAGGAGCGAGAUAGCAGCAAAGCACAGGACAGAACUACACCGCCAUCCGUCGAGGAUUACGUCGCUUUAUUAAAACGGAACCGCCAGUUAGCAUACGACUAUCUACGGGACUUCGCUGAGGGGUGUCCGGACUUGCGGACAACGUGGCUAAAUUGGGCUAAGAAAAGCCUCGAGACCUUCCGACGGGCCGAUCAAGGUAGCAACCCUUCUGACCGCAGAGAAAUGGACGGGAGUCUGCAGGAUCUGUUUAGUAAACUUCCACCCAAUCAGCAGAGUAGUGUCAGGGCCAUCAUCGAUGACCACGUUGAAUAUCUCUCCACAUCAGAAAACGUAUCAUUGGUACGGAUGCAGAGUAUUAUCGAUGGCCUAGCUUCCUACGAAAAUAAAGAGACAUGUGGAAGCAUGGGCGGUCCAGGGGUGUACAUAACGCGUUGGCACUGUCUGUUAGAUGAGACUAUUGUUACACCAAACACACCAAGAGGCCCACCAAGGAGUGGGAAAGACGUCAAGGGUGUAAAAGCUCUUGGAAAGACUGAGGCUGUCGCCAAAGCAGAGACUUGGGACCCAGAUGCUCUUACUCGGCAGGAAGAACAGGCGUGGCCCGAACCCCCUAACGUCUCAAUCGUCAUCGAUGCACUUGGUCCUCAAUUUAAAACCCUAAUUGCUAAUAUUGCAAGCAUAGGUCUACCCCGUAAGUAAGAGGCAUAGUAUGGAAGAUAGGUGCGGAGAUGAUAGCGAGAUUUCAUGUUAUAAGCGGUAUUACUACCUUAGGCACCUGGGUACCUAUAUAUCACGGUAGGGUUGGUAUAUGAGAGGCGUUGGAUAGAUUACAUUACGAUAGAACACAUUAGAUAGCGGAAUUGGAAGCAUGCGAUAAUUAGGCAAGAAAAAUAAUGUAUUCCUAAGGAAAUGAUAGUCACGAGGAAGGGCCAGCGGAUGCUUGGAUUCGGUUAAGCCAGAAAUCAAUGGAAAUCAGAAUCUAUUAAUACACCAGGCAACACGGAACCAAUU